CACUUACCUCUUGAUGUUUUACCGCCUGUGACGGAGGCCCUUGACUCCGAGACGAAAGGGGAAGAUUUGCACAAGGAGAGCAGGCCUUUCCGCUACUGUGAAAAGAAAACCAUGGACCUGUCAGACAGCGACCGUCCCGUCAGCUUUAGCUCCACUUCCUCCUCUGCUUCCUCCAGGGACAGCCACUGCUCCUUUGGAAGCAGGAUGACCUUGGUUUCAAACAGCCACUUGGGCUUGUUCAACCAGGAGAAAGAAACGGGUGCCAUCAAGCUAGAACUGGUCCCAGCCAGGCGAUUUUCCAGCAGCAAGCCACGCAAAAACUCCCCUGCGGAGCAAGAGGAUCCUGAGGAAAGCCUUGAAAAAAGGCUAACCAUGCCAAGGAAAGCAGAACCAAAAGGAGCGAGCAAAAGCUGUGCAAUGUCCCUGGUCACAGAGCCCACCAGUCCCAAGCUCCUCUAUGUAGAUAGAGUCGUCCAAGAAAUUCUGGAGACCGAGAGGAUGUAUGUCCAGGAUCUAAAAAGCAUUGUGAAGGAUUACCUUGACUGUAUCACUGACCAGACCAAGCUCUCCCUGGGGACAGAAGAGCGAUCAGCCCUGUUUGGAAACAUACGGGAUAUCUACUGUUUCAACAGUGAACUUCUGCAAGAUUUGGAAAACUGUGAAAAUGAUCCUGUGGCUAUAGCAGACUGUUUUGUUUCCAAGAGUGAAGAUUUCCACAUAUAUACACAGUACUGCACCAACUACCCAAGGUCGGUGGCUGUGUUGACAGAGUGCAUGAGGAACAAGACGCUGGCCAAGUUCUUCAGAGAGCGGCAAGAAGCACUGCAGCAUUCUCUGCCCCUGGGCUCCUAUCUCCUGAAACCUGUCCAGCGCAUCCUCAAGUACCACCUGCUUUUGCACGAAAUAGAAAACCACCUUGACAAGGACACUGAGGGCUAUGAUGUGGUGCUGGAUGCCAUAGAUACGAUGCAGAGAGUGGCGUGGCAUAUAAAUGACAUGAAGAGGAAACAUGAACAUGCCAUCAGGCUCCAAGAGAUACAGAGUUUGCUCACUAACUGGAAAGGACCAGACCUCACGAGUUACGGGGAGCUGGUGUUAGAAGGAACAUUUCGCAUUCAGCGAGCCAAAAAUGAGCGCACGUUGUUCCUGUUCGACAAGCUGCUGCUAAUUACAAAAAAGAGAGAUGAGAUGUUUGCAUAUAAAGCUCACAUACUGUGUGGGAAUCUCAUGCUUGUUGAAGUAAUACCAAAGGAACCACUUAGCUUUAGCGUCUUCCACUACAAAAAUCCCAAGAUGCAGCAUACUGUCCAGGCAAAGUCGCAGCAAGAGAAGCGCCUUUGGAUUCUUCACCUGAAGAGGUUAAUCCUAGAAAAUCACCCUGCUAAAAUUCCUGCCAAGGCCAAACAGGCAAUUCUAGAAAUGGAUGCCAUACAUCACCCAGGCUUCCACUAUAGCCCCGAGGGAGAAAUGAAAUCAUCAUACCAGCCUAAAGAAGGCAGUGCUCCUCACAGAGUGAGAAGGAAAUCAGAACCCUCAUCGAGAGUCCAUAAAGUUUUGAAGUCAAAUGAUAUAAGUCCAGAUAUGCAGAAGCGGAUCGGUAUUGAAGGAGCCCUAUUAUCUCAAGCCACCAAACUUGGAUCAGAUGAAGCCCUGCUAAAUUCUAGGAAAAAGGUUUCCUUGGAACCCAGUGGGCUGGAGAGCCAGUUUCAAGAGUCCAUUGAGCCAGCCUACAGCAGUGAUCAGGAUGAAAAUCUCCAGACUUCUGCUACGGAACAGAUUGAUGCCGAUGAUGAAGAAGAGUCUGAACAGGGAAUGCAGCAAAACCCACUGCAGAAAUCAAAAGGAGGAAGAAAAAGACUUAAUAGUCAAGCUGCUGAAAAUGUUGAAAAACGGAGAAGUGUUAAUCUCAACAAGUGUGAAACACAGAGCUCCAAGGACCCUUCAGAUGAAGAGUCAGCCCAGCUGAAUACCGAUCUCACAUUUUCCCGCGCAGCUAGGCAGCCACAGCUGCCUAGGCAAUUCAGCACACCCCAGAGCAACUCGCUGAUCAUGAAUAUCCUGGGGGGAAGUACCUCUGUCAGAAACAUCUGGACUGACCAUCAGAUCAGGCAGGCGUUGUUUCCCAGCCGGCGCCCGCCGUAUGAGAAUGAAGAUGACGAAGACGAUUAUCAGAUGUUUGUGCCGUCGGUGUCUACAUCCAGUGCUAGUUCGGCUGUCGGUGGAGAAAGGAGGGGUUCCUCCGGGCGACCGUGCAGCUGGCACUUGGGGGUAGGCCAUCAAAACGAGACUGCCAGCCCCACUCGUCACAAAGUUGUUAGGCGGGCCAGUAGCGCUGGUGAGAGUAACACAGGUCCAGCCAGCGCAAGGUAUAAAAUGGGGGAGCGCAGUUCUCAAAGGGAGGCGAAGAGAGCAGAGGUGAGCGGUAUGAAUGCAUAUCCGGAAUCUUCAGAGGAGCUGACCGUCGACGAUAUUGACCAUGUUUAUGAUAAUAUAAGCUAUGAGGACUUAAAGCUGAUGGGUCUGACGAGAAGGGAGGAGAGAGACCGUGGUCCCCAGAGAUCCGCAAGAGACUCUCUCUACGAGGCUGAAAACAAAAACAGCUUAGAAUCGCCCUCCAAAAAGAGGACAGCAAAUCAAAACAGGGCCUCCAUUCGUGCUAGUAGGGAUGAGACGCUGCUCGGUAGAGAAGCACCUACUUCAAGUUUGGAUGAGCUCAGGAUCGUCGAAGACAACAUCUAUGACACCAUAGUGCUGCCAGAAACACCACUACUGAAUUUUAAAUGUGACUCCUUAAAAUGCUCUAAAAGGCGGGGUUUUCUGGGCCUGGAAAAAGACUUUGCGUGUGACAGCCUGCGGCAGUUUGUUUCUGAAGAAAGUCUCCAGUUCAGUGAAGAUGAAAGUCCUUACCAUCAUGUUCCUGUUGACAAUGACUAUUUGAGCUUAGUAGAUAGCUCCUCGAACUCUGAUUCACUCUCCCACAAGUCUGCAGCAGAUAAACUCUCAGAGGAAGUAGAUGAGAUUUGGAAUGACCUGGAGAACUACAUCAAGAAGAAUGAGGAAAAGACAAGAGACCGCCUCCUUGCAGCCUUUCCUGUUUGUAAAGAUGAUAUGCAGGAAAGGUUGCAUGCUGGUAGCACACCUGAACUGAGUAAAGACGUAGAGUACUCACUGUCUACUCUCUCUCUGCCAGAAACUCCUAUUUUCCCUAAAAUCGUGAAGCCCAGGGCUGCCACCUUAAGCGAGGCUAGUUUCAGGCUUGAAGACACUACGCCGUGCAAGGAGAACUCUUUCAUGCGUCUGAACGGAUCUUCUUUCUCCAGUGAGAUGCCUUUUGUAGAUAGCCCAUACGAAUCUGCCAACAGUGUUCUGUCCAGCGCGCAUACAGAGGGCAUGGAGAACGACUUGGCUGUUGCGGAUAAAACAAAGAACAGGGUUUUUUUGAUGGCAAGGCAGUACAGUCAAAAAAUUAAGAAGGCUAACCAGCUUUUGAAAGUUAAAAGUCCAGAGCAGGAACAGCCAGCUAGCAGACAACAAAAACUGAAACACAAAGAUCUUGCUGCCAUUCUGGAGGAGAAGAAACAAGGUGGUCCUGCUAUUGGUGCCAGAAUAGCUGAAUAUUCCCAGCUUUAUGACCAAAUCGUCUUUAGAGAAAGUUCACCCAAGGUCCAGAAGGAAGCCUGGGCCACCCCUCAGGAGCCAUCAGCCGAGAGGUAUUCCACUCCCAUGGCCGCGUCUCCUCCCCGUCCCCAGGCUGCCAGUGAAUGCUCAAGAGCAGAGGAUUGGCUUUUGCACUCUACAUACAGUAACGGCGAGCUGGCCGACUUCUCUCCGUGGCCUGAAUCCCAAGAUCCGAAGUCCACGAGCUCGUAUACAGAAGCCGGCAUGAAAAGCAGUUCAAGGCAGCUGCCAUCAGCUGGCUCGGUGCCUUCCCUUCAGAUUUCUAACCGUUUGCAUGUCCCGGCGCAGAGGUGGAGCGCCAUUGUAAGCCAACCGAACAAAGAAAAUUUACAUCAAGAUCACAUCUAUAACUCCCUUGGGAGAAGAGUAAGCAAUGUGAAGCCGCAGGCGUACAGCAGGUCGCAGUCGUCUUCCUCAAUUGUGGUCAACAGGUCUGGAGAAACAAUUGUGUAUCCUAGUGAAAUGGACAAGAAAAAGCUCCAUUUGAAUAGGAACUCCCAAUUCAACAGCCAUCAGAUGCCAGGUAUUGCUUCGGGAUGUGUGGGGCCUGAUACGAGAAAGCAGAUCCCUGAAAACUGUUCGGAUAUGAUUCUGCAGGACUCUCAAAAGGUCCUGAGAGUGAACAGGGCCUCCCCUCUGACAGCACAGAUGGCCACUCAGAACUAUUUUUCUAAUUUCAAAGAUACUGAAGAAGGGGAUGAUGAUGACUAUGUUGAAAUAAAGUCUGAAGAUGAGGGAUCUGACUUGGAGACCUCUCAGAACCAAACAAGGAAACUGGAUCCUAAACUGCAUAAGGCAGACGCUGCGCCUUCUGAAACGCUCUGCGGCAAAACUGUCUCUUGUACUCCGGCAAAGCCCGCCAGCAGCAAACACGCGCUUACCCCCUAUCUGACUGCAUACAGCGACUCGGAUAAACUCAACGACUACCUGUGGAGAGUACCGUCUCCUAAUCAGCAGAAUAUUGUCCAGUCUUUAAGGGAAAAGUUUCAGUGUCUCAGUUCAAGUAGCUUUGCUUGA